CGAUUGGAAAUGAAUUACCUAACUUUGAAACUGAUUCUGCAGAUGUCAGCGAGGUGGUCUUCUCCGCGGAUGCCCACUCCAGCGAGAGUUCAGCAGGAAGCGGUCUCAGCGUUUCCGAGUACGUUGCUAUAGGCAUCUCCUCCGUCCUUCUCGGUCUGAUUUACGUCGCUUCUGUGUUUCUCUAUCUGCAUCUUCGCAAACGACGCAAAGAGUCUGAUAAGAUGAUCGAGCGCAGAGAUAACACGACUCUCGCAGGUGCUGAAGAAGGCAUCAUCAAGAACAAUCCUCUAUUGGGCUUGAGUCGACACUUUUCGAUGCCGGAUAACAGCUUUAGCGAUUCGUGCAGCUCGGACACUGACGUUACACCAGACAUUAUCCAGCAUCACGAAGACAGGAAGAAAAACAUUCAUAUUACGUCUGCAAUGAUCCAUCCGCCGCACAACUUCGAGGCGCUGUUCAAUUCGCAUCCUAUCCAUCAAGUGAUGAUGCAUCAAGAGAGCAUCGAGCGACUACCCGAGGAGAACGUGUCCAUCAUCGAGACCAUCGAGGGCAGAGAAGAACGGCCGGACACGGUCAAGGUUAUCGGCACCACCAGAAGGAAGCUCUAUUUCAAUCCUGCCUAUUUCGAACCCCAAUUGCUACUCGCGCCACCACCCGCAGCCAUAGAAUUCCUCACAAAGAUCCGCGAAGUUAUCUCCAUAGCCAAACAGAAAAUGGCUUCGAAAAAGUUCACUCCUAGCUUGAAAGGCAUUCCGGAAGAAGAUACCAAUUAUGCCGUCGACGUGGGUUCGGAUUACGUGAAGCCUAUAGGAAGUCGCCGGAGCAGCGUGAUUAGUUUGAAGCGGGAAAACAGCAGAAGAAAGAGGUGCUCUGGUUGCCCAGGCUGCGAGCCGCAAGAUUUCAAAGCGCUGUCCGGUAAGCUUCCGGAAUUCCCAUCUUUAGCCGCUUGCCACACUUGCGCAACAACCGCGGAUAAUAACAAGCAAAUAAGUAUAAGGAAAUGGCUUGAAGAUAUACCAGUUCUGAAGACGCCGCAGAAUACAGAAGAGAUCCCGACUAUCAUUGUGAAACCUAAGAAAAUUACCAAGCGCAUCAGAUCUCCGACAAGGUCUCUCUCCCCAGAUUAUAUAACUCCGCAUAUUAGAACCCUAUCCCCUCGUCCUGCAUCUGAACGUGCUCGAUCUCCUGCAUUCAAUAAAAACUCUUCUUUAAAAUCCUCAUCUUCCAAGAAAAGUGUGAGCACCGUCCGGACCGCCAACAGUAGACGCAGGAAGGAAAUUGUCAAACCGAAAUGUCCUCCACCUCCUCUACCAACAAUGCCUAAACAUUUCCAAAUGGAACAGAAUAUCUACGAUGUAAUUGCCGAGCCGAAAGCUGCGCUUCCUCCCCCAGAUAUGAUCCAUGAAGCUAUGGCAGUUGAUUGUAAAGAGGAUCCUAAAAUUACUACAACAACUAAAAAGAAGAUGAAAGCUGUUAUUAAUGAAUUAUCGAAUUUGAAUGUUGUUGAUUCGAGCCCUGAGCUAGAUAUGCGAAAGGAAAUUGAUUAUGAGGCGGAUAGUUUAGAACGGUCGAGGCACAAAGGAUUCAGCACUCCAUCCGAUUACGCAGAAGUUACUUCAUCGCAACCCAGUCCAAGCUUAAGCUCUGCACUUCCUAUGGAUGAAGAAAUGACAAUGAGGAAUGCAAUAAUUAACACUAAAACUGGAAAUAUGACUAUAUCUAAAAUCAACAUGGAGGAAGUGUUGAAAAGCGAUGAUCACGACUAUGAACUGAUCGUACUGAAGAAAGGAGACAACGGAAAUAAGAUGUUCAAGCUUCCUGAGUUGCUGCAAAGGAAUAGCGGUUAUAGUUUAGUCAGCGAAGUUUACGUUAACAAUGGUUAUAAUUAUGGGAGUGCGCCUUCGACGCCUUCAGAAUCAAAUUGUUCCACGAUGGAGAGAGCGCCCAAAAUUAUUUACGAAGAAAACAAGCCCGGUCAUUUAUUAAUUGAGGUCGGGGAUUGCGCCGACAAUUACAUUAAAGCGGAAGAUUCGGAUAAUUUUGAACCGGACACGCUGGAUCGUAAACCCAAGAUGAAAAUCUUCAAUUCAGCCUUAAGCGACAAUGAAUUCGUUGACUCAUUGGAACGUCCCACGCAAAUCAUGCUGCGCACAACGGGAAGCUUCAAGAAGGACUCAAUGACCGAUGCGACCGAUCAAAAGAACGUUUGCAAUUUCAAUAGGAAUUUUGGAAGCCUUCGAGAAAUUUACGAAGCGAAGGUAAAGAAGUCACUGGGAGAGGUUAACUGGAGAAGUCAGGAUUUCGAGGGUAGAAUUUUAACGUUGGAGGAACGGCAUUGCAGGAGGCAACGCAAAUCUCCGACAAUCCAACCAGAUGUGAUUCCGCCUCAUCGGGAAGUGAGCGAUGGUCCGAUAUACGAGCAUCCAAAACCACCCAGGAAGGUUCAAGGUAGUAAACCUCCUCUGCCACCAAAAAACGGGCCAGUUAGAAGCACCGAAGACACCACGACCGGUGCUUCUAUCGAGAAAUCAAAGUCGGAUUACGAAAGUUGCAACCACCUGAAAUCGGACGUAAGCAUCUUGAAGAACUUCAUCCAUGCGGACGACGUGAUUUUUAAAAACGGUAUCAACAAUCAAUUCAUUUUGCAAGCAGCGACGAUAACAACGAAUCCGCUUAAUUUAAGGAAGGUGCAAUCACUGAAGAAAGAAUGGCGUAAGGUGAUCAACGUGAAGCCAGAAGAUUCCGGUUAUCUGAGCACCGAUUCCAGCGACUCGCACAAGAAGAAGAUGAAAGAUCUGGAGCGCGCCAGUGCCGGAAGUGAAACGGACGAGAGUUUGGGUGACGGACACAGUGAAUCUGGUGCGGAGAGCAUCGAAACCCAUUCCGUGUUCUUCGGAAGUUAUAGGAAAACCUCUUGCAUCGCAGGAUCCAUCGACAGCGGCGUCGGAUCAGAUCUUAAACCGACUGAAGCCGUCGCCAGUCUGGAGGAUCAUGCCAGUAGCAGCGAUUCCGAAACAGUAAGUUACAGUACCGUCGUCACACCGUUACGCGCAAAUAAAUAGACGUAUUAUAGCCAAAAUCGUUC